AGUGAGAGCUUUCAACCGACGAGCUGUCGUUUCUGCGACAAGUAAAGUUGAUUGAAGGCAAGCGUGACGGCUGCACGAAGACGAAAUCUCGGAGUGCAAAGUAUCACAUGGAGUGUAUUUAUAAAUUUAGUGUGGCUAUUACGUAAGGCGGGAAGGCACGAGUGAUCGUUAAUUCAAGUGUCAUGACAAUGCCCAAAGCAGCUGUCUUGCCGUCUGCAUUUGAAUUCGCCCGAUCGAUCAGCCAGCCAGCAGUGCAAGAUCAUGCGCCCCAAGUCUGCGAGAGCUGCUUUGUCCGAGGGGCUUAAUCCAGGCAGAUUUUGUCUCUCCAGAAACGAAGGAGCGACGAUGCGGAUCUCAAGUCGCGAAGGUCAGUUGCGGUCGCGAGCAGCGUGGUGCAAGCCAAACAAGUCAACCGGCCUUUAGCCUCAAGCCCGAGGCUGCAGCAGCGCGAGUAUGACGGUCUCUUAUCAAUAUGAGGUCGCAAGCUCGACCAGAGGCGGCUUCACCCGUCUACUGUUCAUGUGGCGAGGCUCCCUCUACAAGCUCAUCUAUAUCGAGCUGGCCAUUUACCUCAUUAUCUUCGGCGGCAUCUCCGCCCUCUACAGAAACGCCCUCAGCGGCGAUCAGAAAGCCUUGUUCGAGAAAUUCGUUAUCUAUUGCGAUGCCUUCAUCAACUAUAUACCUCUCAGCUUUGUCCUGGGUUUCUACGUUGCCUACGUGGCGCAAAGGUGGUGGCAGCAGUACAUGGCCAUACCGUGGCCGGACAAAGUGAUGCACUCUGUGGCGCUGUACGUGAUUGGGAGCGACGAGUACGGGCGAACGCUUAGGCGAGCUUUGAUGCGUUACCUCAAUCUGUCGCUCAUCCUUGUUUUACGAUCCAUCAGCUCGGCCGUCAAACGACGAUUCCCCACCCUAGAUCACGUCGUCGAUGCUGGAUUUAUGACUCAUUUGGAGCUGCAAUUGUUCGAAUCUGUGCCAAGCCUUGAAUUCAAUACCUACUGGAUUCCUUGCACCUGGUUCAUCAAUCUACUCAAGGAAGCUAGAUCGAGCCACCGAUUACCCGAUCCUAUGGGCUUGAAAAUCAUAAUGGAGGAAUUCAAUGAGUUUCGACAAAAGUGCGGUCUACUAUGGAGCUACGAUUGGGUCUCCAUUCCAUUGGUCUACACGCAAGUCGUUACUCUGGCGACUUACUGCUUCUUCCUUGUAGCACUCUUCGGCCGUCAAUACAUUGAAACGCAAAAUGAAACCUUGAAAAAGGGUCCGCAGAUUGAGACAGACAUUUAUAUACCUGCUUAUACAGUUUUGCAAUUCUUUUUCUACAUGGGCCUGCUCAAAGUCGCCGAGCAAAUAAUAAAUCCUUUCGGCGACGACGAUGAAGACUUCGAACUGAACUGGUUGAUCGAUCGCCAUGUGAAGGUCUCCUAUCUUGGCGUUGACACGUUGAUGAAUCGUUGCCCACCGCUCGUCAAGGACAUAUACUACGACACUGAAAACUUGGUUUUACCCUACACUGAAGCUGCGGCUGCUUACAAACGCAAGACUUAUCGCGGUAGCGUUGCUAAUAUGACUGUGCCCGAAGAAAAACAAACGAUGUUUCUGCCGAACAUAUUGGAGGACGAUAAGAAGAAACCGGAAGGCAUAUCUCCAAGAGCUUCGAGCUUCAAUCUGGCCGUACACAAUGAAAAUUUCUCCAGAACUGACAGACGCCAGGGUGGCUCCUCUCCUCUGCCAUCUCGUCGGUUGGCUCACAAGCCUAACGAAACAGUGGUCGCGCUAGAAGAGCCGGAGUCGCAGAGCCUUUCCAGCGCUGCGCCAGCAAAGAGCAACGGACGAUCAUCAUCGUCCAGUGUAUUUUUCGACGCGAUGAAAAAAUUGUCGAGCAAGCACAAGCUCAUGGAUCGCAAGCCGUUCCUCAGCACGAGCAAGCCAUCCAAGGUCAGCAUACAACCGUGGCCAAGUGCCACCAAUCUUGGAGUCGACGAUUCCCUCGACCAAGCAGACGUGGAAGCGGAUGGAAAGACGCACCAAACGCGCUCGCAUAAUAUUCCAACGAUCGACAUCAGACGGGCGUCCGUCGAUGCGAACAUCGAUGACGAAGGCGUCGAGAGCAUCGAAAUGACUGACAGACGGCAAUCGCAAGCACCUCGCGGUGCAAUUUCUCGGGGCUUCCUGUUUCGCGAGCAGAGCGUGGACGGAGAACACGAGCCGAGCUGCAACUCCGAUCACGCGAGUUCGAGUGACGCCACUGCCUACCGCUCCAAGGAACAUCGCCGAGGUCAAGCAUCCACUGGUGCUCCUCGAACGCGCUCCUCCAAAUCGAGAAAACGAUUAAAAGCGCUGCGCUUCAACAGCCUCCCCAAGUUUUUCAGCGGACGACAGCGACAGCCGACUGUCCAACGUGCUGGUCAACGAAACGAAGCUUUCCAAUCGAGUACCCUGAACGUGUCCAAGAGUUCGCCCGAGCUCACAGUUGACGUCGAACUUGGCACCUCUAAUAGCGGCGAUCGAGUUAGGGCCAAGUUUUUUACGGGAGACGACGAUGAAGAUGAAGACGACACUGUCAAAAAGUCUUGAUCGUUGGUUCGAUGGCAGACGGUGACGUUUGCUUAGUAUACUUUGUGUGAUUUUCAAGAUCGAAACGUGCCUAAUUUUGCCACCUUUCAUCACAGAUCAGUGUCACGAAAAAAGAUUGUUAUUUCAUGAACAGCAAUUUUUUUCCGAGCGAAAUUGGAUUUGCAAGUGAUAAUUUUUUUUCUUAAUCGAUUAUACGUGUAUUAUUCGAGUGAGCAUUGAUUGGAUACUCUUUGUAAAAGCGAAUGCUGUGAUGUGCGAGAAAAUUUUGCGGGAGACAAACGAAACAAUUUUUCGAAUAGACAACUCUUGUUUCCAUUACUAAGAGAUGUAGUGUAUAUUUAAAACUGUAGAAACAUUUUUCACUGAUUGAAGAAAAUAAGUUUUUUACCACAGUAGAAUCUAAACAGACAAUUACAUACACUGCCUACUUCAAGCUUGUAAUUUUGUAACUUAAAAGUAAAUUCUUCCAUUUUUACGUAACAUUUAUUAAAAAGCCUUUUCUAAAUUCGUUAAUAGCUUUAAAAGCUAUUAACGAAAGUAAAGUAAAGGUUGAGAUGUCUUUUCGUUAAGUGCAUUUUAUUUUUGUCAUCGGAAAACUCUGAAAAAUUCAAUGUUGAGCCUUUUUUCGUCUAUCCAUAGAGUAUAAAAUUCACCAAUCUACGCUUUAAUUUUUGUGGCUCAAAUUGAAGUUUUGUCACCUGUUGCAUUAAUAGUACACCAUCUUGUAUGUAGUGAAUAAUUGUAUAAUUUUGUAAAUAGAUUAAUAAAAAACGUUGAUAUUGUAUUAACCAGUGUGCCACAUUUUCUAUACAUUAAAUGCAACGCUAUUUAAUUUAUUUUAUAGAAUAUAAUUAUUAUAUAUGAAGUGUG